AUGGCUGCAAAGUCGGAGGAGGUCAUUUGCAGCCAUUCCCUUGAUGACGAAACAGAUGUGGUGAUGGAGCCUCCCCUGGAUGAGUUUGACAUGUGGGAUCACUACCAGGCAGCCGCCGUCGGCGACGCUAGAAAAAGAGAAGCCAUUUCCCAGCUGCAAAAGUCCUUCUUAGACCAGUUGCACUCCGAGAUGGAUGUCAAUGCGGCUGCUGCCAAGGCGCUGCUUCACUUGAAGGCCAAAGCCUCCUUGGAGGCUUCGCUGCAAAGCAUGGAAACUUCGGAGGGGGCGGAAGGCUCUCCUGCAUCUUCUUGGCUGGACUCGCCGGAGUCAUCGCCUAUGGCCGAGAUGCAUAUGAAAAUAUGUGGCGAUGAAGACAGGACCCUGGAGCGCGAGAUGGAUGAGUUUGACCUGAUGGCACAGCGAAGUGCUGCCUUUGAUUCUCUUCCAGAAGACCGGAAGAGAGCGAUCUCCUCGCUUCAGUCUGCGUUCCUGGACGCGCUGGACACAGAAGAUGUGAAUGGCGCAGCAGCCUCCGCAUUGAAGCGUCUCCUCUCGAACCGUGAGAAUGCGGACAGGGAUGAUGGCAAGCCUUCGAUUUUCCAGAUGCUCUUCCAAGAGAAGUUGAAUUCAGGUGAGGCGUCUGCAGAGUUGGGAAGUCUCUCCACGGUCUCCGACGAGGCUAAGAUUAAGGCGCUGAAGGCCUGGAGCCUCUCCCUGCAAAGGGAGGCCGGGACUGCGGAGGACGUGACGGGCGCAGUGGCCGCGGCCUUGCAGCUGGAAGAGCAGACAAAGGAAGACAUGAGAAGGAGCAACGACUUAGAAGAAGGCAAAACGAGACCUUCCAUCUUACAUGUCAGCCUCUUGGUUGUCGGACCAGAGAGGAGAAAAGGAGUGAUGAUGAUCAGAUCAGGGGAUCAGAUGCAGGCCGUUUGUGCAACCGAAGAGGGCGCGCAAGCUUACAAGUCUGGGGCCCUCUUGCGCAUGGCAAGGGCACGAUGCUCGGACUCGGCGGAUGUGGCAUGGAAGGGUGUGCGUGAUGGCUGCUUCGACGGCCUCGCUCGCUGCAAAGGUCAGCGAGGAGCUUGUGCUGUUUUGGCACGUGCUUUGAGACGAAUCGGGCAGACACUUUGUGACAGCCAAGUUCCCCAGCCUUGUCGAGUGCCCCCGAACGCAAGGAAGCACCCCUUUGAGCAGGGCGGGGCUCAUACUGACGGGAAAGUAGUCGUACCGCUCUCACACAUCGAGGCAGGUGAGGCCCAACCUGGCAAAGCAGAUGCUGCCUGGGACUGGUGUUCUGAUGAUGCUGAUAAAGAAUCGUCCCUUCCAGCAGUUCGUGCGCUCCCCGAACGGGCCAAGAUCUCUGCAUCGAUGAGCACACGCCUGGACGUUGAUCGCGGUCCCGUGGGUCGGGCGGCCACGCCUACCUCUGUCAGCACAGAGGCCUCCAACAUACUGAAGACAGAUGUACAGAGUGAGUCUUGCGAGACGGAUCGCGACUGCUUAUGCAUCCCGUUAGAUGCAACUCUGCCGGAAGGUGUGCGAUUACUUGUCCUGCAUCACCUCGGCAGAGGUAUCGGAGACUUUGCGGACAUGACGCCCAGUCAGAGGCAACUAUUCGAGCGCCAUGUUCAUCAGCUCGCUGGCUAUGCAGAGAGACUGAAGCAGACAGUCUUGAACAGCAUGAUGGUCGCUGACCACGCCAGAAGCAUGCCACACGAGCACCUCGAUCAAGAUGCUUCCACAACAUCAGCCUCAAGUGCGGCCGCGCCCAGGCAUCUGAGACUCAAAGACACCGAGUUGCUGGAGAUUUACCACCUAGCCCAGCAGGAGGCCAAGAAGGAAGCGGAUUGGCGAGGCCUGCCGCAAGGUGGAGAAUCUGGAGAAUCGCAUGCAUGGCGCUACGAGUGGCUUCGCGAUCUAAGCCACGGUCCGGACCGCGGAGGUCGGCAGCCAAGAGCCAAAUCCCCGCGCGCGCCGCCCAAGCCUCCGGAGCUGGAGGUGGAAUGA